GCUUGUUCCAGCCUUUACUGUGUUUAGAAGGCAAGGGGGUGUCUGGCGGCCGGUGCAGUCCGAGGAGAGCUACCUGGAGUGCACCGGCAGGAGCCAUGAUUCGCCCCCGCACACUCCGAGUAGAUUAUGGGAAAACUGCCAACGCCGUAUGCGUGGUUGGGUCUGCGCUUCACCUGGGCCUGAACAGGAGCGCACCUCCCAACUCCACCUUCUUCUCAGUCAAAUGUUCCCCCAACGUUCAGUACAGCAUUGUCCCGCCAACCCAGGUGACCUCUCACCUCUCCCCCAUGGCCCUCGAUGGAAAAUCAGUGCUGCUCAUCUCCAUGACGAGUGCCAGCCAACAUGAGAACGACAGCAAGCUUACUGUUCGAUACUACGGUGAAAAUCAAGAAGUUUUGAGCAACGCCAUCCUGCACCUGACAGCACUUGAGAUCUCUCUUGAUGUGGAUGCUGACCGAGAUGGCGUUGUGGAGAAAGACAACCCCAAUAAGGGAUCUUGGAAGUGGGGUGCCGAUGGGCACGGAGCCGUCCUAUUGGUCAACUGUGACUCGGAGCGCCGCUAUGCCAAGCAACUUGACACCGAGGUCGACUACAUCUCCAAGUUAUCUGAUUUGCGGGACAUGUCCGAGAUGGUGCUGCGGACGCGCGGCCCAGCCAAGCUCCCGCACGGCUACAAACUCACCAUGCACAUCUGUCAGGGCGAUGCAGAAAGCAUCAGGGUCUACAGGCCCAGGUCUCAGUCGUUCGGCAGCAUCCUGUGUGAGUUAAAAAAAAAAAAAAAAAAUGUUGUAAAUCAUGUGAGCUAUUUGAACCAUCAAGCGUGUUUCUUCAUCUCAGCUGGCGUCUCCGGCGGAUUUACGAGAGUGCUGUCAAGUCAGGUGUUGUCCGGGCAAGUGCCGUACCUCGGGGGUGUAGCAGAGACUAACUUUUACGUGGAGGGUCUCAGGUUUCCAGAUAAGGACUUUGACGGGCUCAUCACGAUCAAUCUUAGCCUGCUGGAGCCCAUUUGCAAAGGUCUUCCCGAGACCCCCAUUUUCACCGACAGUGUCGUGUUCAGAGUGGCGCCGUGGAUCAUGACGCCAAACACCCUGAGGCCUGUUGAGGUUUUUGUAUGCAGCACGUCAGACAACUACGGCUUCUUGAAAGGAAUGAAGAGUCUGGUGGCGAGGAGCGGCUAUAAACUCAACAUCUGUCACGAGUAUAUGAACAGAGGGGACCGCUGGAUGCAAGAUGAGCUGGAGUUUGGUUACAUCGAAGCGCCUCAUCACCGAUUUCCCGUGGUCUUGGAUUCCCCCAGAGAUGGGAAACUUUUGGACUUUCCGUACAAAGAGCUACUGGGUCCUGAUUUUGGCUACGUGACCAGAGUGGCCCUCAGGAAAGACGUGAGCAGUUUGGACUCGUUCGGCAACCUGGAGGUCAGUCCUCCCGUCACGGUCAACGGCAAAGAGUAUCCGUUGGGAAGAAUCAUCAUCGGCGUGGCCUUUCCCACAACCACCAAUGGACGGAACAUGACCAAAGUGGUGCAGGACUUCCUGUGGGCACAGAAAGUCCAGCAGCCCAUCGCCUUGUUUUCUGACUGGCUGGUUGUGGGCCACGUGGACGAAUUCAUGACCUUUGUCCCCGCGCCAGACAGGAAGGGCUUUCGCUUGCUGCUGGCCAGUCCCGACGCGGGCUACAAACUAUUCAGGGGCCUGCAGAAGAGCGGUCAUGGACAAGCCAAACUCUUUGAGGGGCGGAGUGACCAAGAGCAAAUCACAGUGGACGAAAUACUCCAAGACGAAGCUUUCCAAGCUGAGAACAACUAUGUUCAAAGCUGCAUCGACUGGAACCGAGACGUGCUAAAGCGAGAGCUCGGCCUGGAAGACGGCGACAUCAUCGACUUACCUAUCCUUUUCAAGUUACAAGAGGAGGAGGAUGACCAGAAAUUCCGAGCGGUCGCCUUCUACCCCGACAUGGUAAAUAUGAUCGUGCUGGGUCAAAGUCUGGGCAUUCCCAAGCCCUUCGGCCCCAAGGUGAACGGGCACUGCGCCCUGGAGGCGGAGAUGUGCUCCUUGAUGGAAGGCCUGGGACUCACCUGCACCUUCAUCGACGAUUUUGCCUCCUACCACCGGCUCCUGGGUGAGGUCCACUGCGGCUCCAACGUGCGCAGAGAAGGCUUUGACUUCAAGUGGUGGGACCUGGACUUGUAAAUUGAGGAAGCAUUCACUGCCAUGGUCUUCAUGAAACAUCUUUGUUGUCUUUAUUUACAAUGAGGAUGCAAAGCAAUCAAGUAUGUACAAGCGUGUCUUUUCAACAAGCAGACAAGAAGAGAAAUACAAUCAUUUCAUCACUUUUUGGAUCGACCACAAAAGCACAGGCCGAAUGGAUGGGUGUGCUGUUUUGUUGAACCACAUGGAGGCGCUAGCCAUCUGUGCUUCAAUUGAGCAGGUUCAGUUCAAGUCAAAUAAAAAAGAAAAAUGUUUGAGCUCAAGUCAUUUGAGGGUGUUUCCCUCCCUGCAUCUGUUUUACACCUGCAAAAUAAAAGGAAGCAUGUUG